ACGUUCAGCAGGGCAUCUCUUCGCGUGGUCAAAUGGCCCCCGCCUUUCUGAAUGAAAGCCUUGUUUAUCGAUUUUUUUUUUUUUUUUCCGCCCGUUAUAUUUCUAUCUGCCUCGUCAUCGCUAAGUGGAGGUUUGGCAUCGCCCUCUAGUUCAUCACAAACGGAGAAAGCGCGAGGAGCAAGCUCGGGAACCACAUUCAAGACAUACGGCUCAGUUAGGGCUUCCUCUUAGCAUCACGCAUCAGUUUAUCGCGCUACUCGCGCAUCGUUUUAUGCAGCCUGCUCAAACCGCGCGCGGUCUUCGUCUGCGUCGGCGGACAGCAGUGAAAGCACGAGCGUGCCUGAUCUUGCGGUGAACGUGGGUCCGCGCCGCCGCGCGCUCACAGCUCCACCGAGCACAUAAGCCAGUGAAGGGGCUCGCUGUGUCUCGCGGCGAGAGGAGCGGCCACUCGAGAGGAUGCGCUGGGACCAAGAGCUCGAGAUCUGAGGCCGAAGCAGGAGGCUUUUUAGAGACGUGACUUGCGAGCUGUCGCACAUCACGCGCCGAGCCUAGGCGCUGCACCGAUAGCGAAUGUCAAAAACGACGAGAGAAAGUCAGUCACGGAACGGCUCGUGUCGAGACGUGAAGAUGGCUUCUUCUACCAGCACCUCCCCGGAGGGCGAUUCUCCGCCUCAGCAGAGCCGCAUUCGCCAGUCGGACAGUAACACCAGUUUCCUGAGGGCAGCGAGAGCUGGUAACAUCGAGAAGGUUCUGGAGUUUCUAAAGGGUGGGCAAAACAUCGCCACCUGUAAUCAGAAUGGGCUAAAUGCCCUCCACCUGGCUGCUAAGGAGGGUCAUGUGGAGCUGGUGGAGGAACUGCUGGAGAGGGGAGCAGAGGUCGAUUCAUCUACAAAGAAAGGAAACACAGCUCUCCACAUUGCAUCACUGGCUGGUCAGAAGGAAGUGGCUAAGCUGCUGGUGAAGAGAGGAGCAGAUGUGAAUGCUCAGUCACAGAAUGGCUUUACUCCAUUGUACAUGGCUGCCCAGGAGAACCACCUGGAUGUAGUGCGCUACCUACUGGAGAAUGGUGGCAACCAAAGUACAGCAACAGAGGACGGUUUCACCCCCCUGGCUAUAGCCCUACAGCAGGGCCAUAAUCAGGUGGUGUCUCUGCUGCUGGAGCACGACACCAAGGGGAAAGUUCGCCUGCCUGCGCUCCACAUCGCCGCCCGCAAGGACGACACCAAAUCUGCCGCCCUGCUGCUACAGAACGACCACAACGCUGACGUCCAGUCCAAGAUGAUGGUGAACAGAACAACUGAGAACGGAAAGCAGAGUGGAUUCACACCUCUCCACAUCGCUGCUCACUAUGGCAACGUUAACGUUUCUACACUGCUGCUCAACCGCGGUGCGGCUGUGGACUUUACCGCCAGGAAUGGUAUAACUCCUCUCCAUGUGGCAUCCAAAAGGGGAAAUACCAACAUGGUGGCACUGCUGCUGGACAGGGGUGCACAGAUUGAUGCUAAAACCAGGGAUGGACUGACUCCACUACACUGUGCAGCUAGAAGUGGUCAUGAUGCAGCAGUGGAAAUACUGCUAGAGAGAGGAGCUCCUAUACUCGCAAGGACCAAGAAUGGACUGUCCCCACUGCACAUGUCUGCUCAAGGUGACCAUGUGGACUGUGUAAAGCACCUGCUACAGCACAAGGCUCCAGUUGAUGAUGUCACGUUGGACUACCUGACAGCCCUUCAUGUUGCUGCCCACUGUGGCCAUUACAGAGUGACCAAACUUCUGCUGGACAAGAAGGCCAAUCCCAACGCAAGGGCACUGAAUGGGUUCACUCCGCUGCAUAUCGCCUGUAAGAAGAACAGAGUGAAAGUGAUGGAACUGCUGGUGAAAUAUGGAGCUUCUAUCCAGGCAAUCACUGAGUCUGGUCUCACUCCGAUCCAUGUGGCAGCGUUUAUGGGUCACCUCAACAUCGUGCUCUUACUGCUGCAGAACGGAGCUUCUCCAGACAUCUGCAACAUCAGGGGAGAAACAGCUCUUCACAUGUCAGCGAGGGCAGGGCAGAUGGAGGUGGUACGCUGCUUGCUGAGGAACGGAGCACGUGUGGAUGCCACAGCCAGAGAGGAGCAAACUCCGCUCCAUAUCGCGUCCAGGCUGGGUCAGACGGAGAUAGUGCAGUUGCUCCUCCAUCACAUGGCCCACCCAGAUGCUGCCACCACCAAUGGAUACACACCCCUCCACAUCGCAGCCAGGGAGGGACAGCUACACACAGCUGCUGUGCUGCUGGAGGCAGGAGCCUCACACUCACUCGCUACCAAGAAAGGGUUCACUCCUCUCCAUGUUGCUGCUAAAUACGGAAGCCUGGAGGUGGCCAAACUUCUCCUGCAGCGCAGAGCCAUGCCUGACCAUGCUGGAAAGAAUGGCCUCACUCCUCUUCAUGUUGCUGCUCACUAUGAUAACCAGCAGAUGGCGCUGUUGUUACUGGAGAAGGGUGCCUCCCCACACACCACAGCACAGAAUGGCUAUACUCCUCUGCACAUCGCUGUGAAAAAGAAUCAGCUGCAGGCAGCAUCAGCACUGUUGCAAGGGGGGGCUAAGCCUGGAGCUGUGACACGGCAGGGCGUGACCCCGCUCCACCUUGCUGCCCAGGAGGGUCACCCCAACAUGGCCACCCUGUUGCUGGAGAGAGGGGCACAUGUAAACGCACCCACCAAGAGUGGUCUGACGUCUCUCCACCUCAGCGCCCAGGAGGACAGAGUGAAUGUGGCUGAGAUUCUGGUUGAAAAUGGUGCUAACUUAGACCACCAGACAAAGUUGGGUUACACACCUCUGAUCGUGGCAUGUCAUCAUGGAAAUGUCAAAAUGGUCAACUUCCUUUUACAACAUGGAGCAACUGUCAACGCCAAGACCAGAAAUGGCUACACGCCUCUUCACCAAGCAGCCCAGCAAGGGAACACACACAUAAUCAACAUUCUACUACAGCAUGGUGCAAAGCCUAAUGCUCUUACUAUGAACGGGAACACUGCCCUCUCCAUUGCCAAGCGUCUCGGCUACAUCUCCGUAGUGGAUACUCUGAAAGUCGUCACAGAGGAGAUCGUUACCACGACAACUACGGUAACAGAAAAGCACAAAUUGAAUGUUCCAGAAACAAUGACUGAAGUUCUAGAUGUUUCUGAUGAGGAAGGCGAGGACACUAUGACAGGUGAUGGUGGUGAGUAUCUCAGAGCAGAGGACCUCAGAGAGCUGGGCGAUGACUCUCUACACGGACAAUACCUGGAUGGCAUGAGCUACCUCAGCCACAACCUGGACAGGGUCCACCAGACUCCACCCCAUCUACCUUACCAGAGGGAGGGAGUUUUGAUCGAAGAUAUGAUCUCCAGUCACCAGGUGUCUGCUCUCUCCAGAGAGAAUGAAAGAGAUUCGUUUCGGCUGAGCUGGGGAGCAGAACACCUAGAUAACGUAGUGUUAACCAACACACUGCUGCAGUCUGGCCGGUCUACUCCGUUCCUUGACCAUGACUACUGCAGCUUCUUGGUUAGCUUCAUGGUGGACGCCAGGGGCGGGGCCAUGCGCGGCUGCCGGCACAAUGGACUGCGCAUCAUUGUUCCCCCCAGGAAAUGUUCCGCACCAACGCGGGUGACCUGCAGACUGGUGAAGAGACACCGACUGGCCACUAUGCCCCCCCUAGUGGAGGGAGAGGGACUUGCAGGCAGGAUCAUAGAAGUCGGACCCACGGGGGCACAAUUCCUUGGGAAGCUCCACCUGCCGACAGCUCCACCCCCCCUUAAUGAGGGCGAGAGUCUGGUCAGCAGGAUCCUGCAGCUGGGGCCUCCGGGAACCAGAUUCCUUGGGCCUGUAAUUGUGGAGAUCCCUCACUUUGCGGCUUUGCGGGGUUCAGAGAGGGAGCUGGUGGUCCUACGCAGUGAGACAGGAGAGAGCUGGAGGGAGCAUCACUGUGAACACACAGAGGAGGAACUCAACCAGAUCCUCAACGGCAUGGACGAGGAGCUGGACUCACCCGAGGAGCUGGAGAAGAAGCGAAUCUGUCGCAUAAUCACCCGUGACUUCCCACAAUACUUUGCGGUGGUGUCGAGAAUAAAGCAGGACAGUCACCUGAUUGGUCCAGAGGGCGGAGUCCUGAGCAGCACACUGGUCCCACAGGUGCAGGCGGUAUUCCCUGAAGGAGCUCUAACCAAGAGGAUCCGUGUGGGGCUACAGGCCCAGCCCAUAGGAGAGGAGGUUGUCAGGAAGAUUCUGGGUAACAAGGCCACAUUCAGCCCCAUCGUUACCUUGGAACCACGAAGACGCAAGUUUCACAAACCUAUCACCAUGACGAUCCCAAUCCCCAAAAGCUCCAGCAGCGAUGGAACCAGUAAUGUAUUUGGUGGAGAAACUCCCACCCUGCGAUUGCUGUGCAGUAUCACAGGAGGCACGACUCCAGCACAGUGGGAGGACAUUACGGGAUCCACCCCUCUCACCUUCAUCAACCACUGCGUCUCCUUCACCACUAAUGUAUCAGCCAGAUUCUGGCUGAUAGACUGUCGUCAGGCUCAGGAGUCAGUGAGUUUCUCCACAAACGUGUACCGUGAGAUCAUCUGCGUUCCCUACAUGGCCAAAUUUGUUGUCUUUGCCAAAACACUGGACCCCAUCGAGGCACGGCUUCGCUGUUUUUGCAUGACAGAUGAUAAGAUGGACAAAACUCUUGAGCAGCAGGAGAACUUCACCGAAGUGGCACGUAGCAGAGAUGUCGAGGUUCUGGAAGGAAAGCCCAUCUUUGCUGACUGUUUCGGGAACUUGGUGCCUCUUACCAAAAGUGGUCAACACCAUGUCUUCAGUUUCUAUGCUUUCAAGGAGAACAGGCUUGCUCUCUUUAUUAAGGUUCGUGACAGCGCACAAGAGCCCUGUGGGAGAUUGUCUUUCACCAAGGAGCCAAGGACUUACCGUAGUCUUACCCACAAUGCAGUCUGCAACCUGAACAUCAUGCUUCCCAUUUAUUUAAAGGAAUCAGAUUCAGACCAAGAAGCCGAUGAAGAGAGUGACAAGACGCAUGAUAAAUAUGAAGAUGAAACUGAAUCAACUGAAUUUUCUACCCUGCACACUCACAUUGUUCAUGAUCCAGCCACACUUGCAAGUCCAGACCUCCUCUCAGAUGUGUCUGACAUGAAGCAAGACCUCAUCAAAAUGUCUGCUCUUCUGACCCCAGACUUGUCAGAGCCAUCACUGGCUGCAGAAGGAGAUGUGGGAUUAAAAUCAGGCUUAGCUGGUGAAGGGGAGGGUGAGGAACCUUUUGAGAUAGUGGGAAAAGUAAAGGUGGACCUGGAGAAGGUAGGCAGAAUUCUCUCUGUUGGAACAUUCAGUGAAACUGAAUGUAAAGGAACUAUAGGAACUAUAGGAAUAUCAGAGUGUAAAGACGAUGACUGGCUAAUUCUCAGAGACCAGGAAAUUGUGGACACCAAAAGCAAGGAGAUUGCUCAUGUUCAAGAAAGAGAAUUAAAUGAGGUGAGAAUCACAAGAACCACUCUUUAUAGUUCCCCUCCCAAGAAAGAUGCAUCUGGUAUGGUGUCACAUCUUAGCGGAGACUUGAAGAAUUAUAUCCAGGUCAUGCCUGACACUGUUCAGGAUGUCCAGGAGAAGAACAUUGUUGAAGAGAUAUUUACAGAAGUUGUGGUAACACGAGGUCGAAAGCGGCAUCCUCCUAGAAUUAAAAAACCUGUAAGAAGGAAGCUUAAAGAGAGAGAAUUUGCAAGCGGUAGUUCUGAAGAUGAACUGGAAAGGAUGAGUUCCGAGGAAUCUCUGGAUGGAGACACGGUUCUUGGGGACUCUGAGAUGGUGCCUGGACAAGCUCCUGUGUCUCUUAGACCAGAUCAUAUGUCACCUGAACCAGCUCCUGUAUCUCCUAUACCAGAUUGUAUGUCACCUAAACCAGAUCGUAUGUCUCUUGGACCAGAUUGUAUGACUCCUGGACAAGAUCAUAUGUCUAUUGGACCAGAUCUUAUGACCUCUGGACAAGAUCAUAUGUCUCUUGGACCAGCUCCAGUGUCUCCUGGGCCAGAUUGUGUGUCUCCUGGACUAGCUCCUGUGUCUCCUAAAGUGGUGGAGACUCCCAUAGGUCCAAUUAAGAACCGAAUCAAAGAAAUUCAAGAAAAAAUGGAAGAAGCAGAGAAGGACAAGAGUCAUAUGAGACAGGUUAAACAGGUGUCCCAGCCAGUGCCCACUGUCCAAAGCAAGUAUUACUCACCCGUGAAAAGAAUGGAAGAGCCACCCAAAUCUCCUCGGUCACAGACAGAGAGAAUCGAAGAGACCAUGUCAGUAAAGGAGCUGAUGAAAGCAUUUCAAACAGGACAGGAUCCUUCAAAGAGCAAAUCAGGGCUUUUUGAACAUAAAGUUAUUACUAAUCUAGGUGCUACAUCUAAAACAGCCAUUUCUGAAGCAGCCCUAGAUACUCAAACAUAUAAUACACAAAUGACAGUGGCAGCUCAGUCAAAGAUAGAAAUUGGUUCUCAGAGCAAGGUAGAAGAAUCACCUCACAUUGUCAUUGACCAAUAUGAACAAAAUAAAACAAUUAGUGAUAAAGUUGUACAUGGGCAGUCACUGAUGACCUUAGAGGACUAUAAUGUCAGCCAAAACAUUUCAGCAAGUAUGGAAUAUGUAACUUUAGAUAUUUACACUAGUGACAAGGAGCAGAGUUCAGAGACACAUUACAUUGAGGAGGACAAAAUAGUUAUCCAAAGUGAAAAACCAUUUCCACCAGAAAAUCUCACAGUUGAAAAUGGUAAUCAAGAAACUUUGAAUAUGUCAGUGAGGUAUGAGGGAAAGAUAAAUGAAGAGAAACGGCAUAGUAAAUAUAAAAUAAUCAGACAAGACAAAGAAAGGUCUGAGGAACUAAUUCAAAAUCAAAUUCAGGCUGAAGAACCAGCAAUUUCUUUGGGAAUGUGGCAACAUGAAGAGGUAGGGUACAGCCCUGACAGAUUAUGUGAAGAUCAAAAUAUUAGUCCUGAACGGAGAGACUCUCAAGAGCCGCAGAUUAGCCCAGACCGGAAACCCUCUGAGGACUUCAGCACCGUCAUCAAGGAAGAACUUGAGGGUUGUCCAGAGUAUCAGCCUUUCAGACAGGCAGCACUAAACAUGACAUCACACAGAGAAAGUAAUGUAAAGGAAGAUGUAGAAAAGAUGGAGCAUACUACUAUAGAGUACCACUCAUAUAAGCCACAGCCAGACCAAACAGAUUCUGCAGUGGUGCAAAGUGACCCAACUAAAAUCCAUGAUGGGGAUAUGUAUGAAACUCUGGAAAUGGAUAAGCAUGAAGAAGUUGUAGAUUCAUUUGGCACAAGUUUAGGGAGCAUGGCACUUCAUCCAUUCAUGGGAGAGAGUGAACCAUUUGUGGAAUGUAUACAGCCCCCUCAAGCAGGUCCUAUAGACCUCCUUUUAAUUGCCAAGGAGACUGAAUCGCCUACAGAGAGAGAGAUGGUGAAAGAAAAUCAGCAUGAGGAUAAAGAUGCAAUGCAAGACUUAUCAACGCAAUUGAGUCCAGUCCAAACAAAGCUUGAGGACACAUAUUUACAAGUUAUACAGAAAGAAAACUAUCUUGGGUAUAAGGAUACAAUGAAAAAUGUGCCACCUACAGAAAUUCCAAGACAUUUCCAAACAGAGCAGGACAUGAGUGCUGGGGCUGCUAUCUCUGAAAGGGGCGAUACAGUUCAGGAUCUGGACAUUGUAGAUGACACUGAAGAUGAGAAAACUAAAAAAAAUAAAGGAUUUGAUAAAGAUUUGGAAGUCACUGGGACAAUUUCUGAGAUUGAAGUCACUGGGACAGUGACUGAGACUGAAGUCACUGGGACAAUUUCUGAGACUGAAGUCACUGGGACAGUGGCUGAGAUUGAAGUCACUGGGACAAUUUCUGAGACUGAAUUCACUGGGACAGUGAGUGAGGCUGAAGUCACUGGGGCAGUGACUGAGACUGAAGUCCCUGGGGCAGUGACUAUGACUGAAGUCACUGGGACAAUUUCUGAGACUGAAUUCACUGGGACAGUGACUGAGACUGAAGUCACUGGGACAAUUUCUGAGACUGAAUUCACUGGGACAGUGAGUGAGGCUGAAGUCACUGGGGCAGUGACUGAGACUGAAGUCACUGGGACAGUGACUGAGACUGAAGUCACUGGGACAAUUUCUGACACUGAAUUCACUGGGACAGUGAGUGAGGCUGAAGUCACUGGGGCAGUGACUGAGACUGAAGUCACUGGGACAGUGACUGAGACUGAAGUCACUGGGACAAUUUCUGAGACUGAAUUCACUGGGACAGUGAGUGAGGCUGAAGUCACUGGGGCAGUGAGUGAGGCUGAAGUCACUGGGACAGUGACUGAGACUGAAGUCACUGGGACAGUGACUGAGACUGAAGUCACUGGGACAAUUUCUGAGACUGAAGUCACUGGGACAGUGAGUGAGGCUGAAGUCACUGGGGCAGUGACUGAGACUGAAGUCACUGGGACAAUUUCUGAGACUGAAUUCACUGGGACAGUGAGUGAGGCAGAAGUCACUGGGGCAGUGACUGAGACUGAAGUCACUGGGACAGUGACUGAGACUGAAGUCACUGGGACAAUUUCUGAGACUGAAUUCACUGGGACAGUGAGUGAGGCUGAAGUCACUGGGGCAGUGACUGAGACUGAAGUCACUGGGACAAUUUCUGAGACUGAAUUCACUGGGACAGUGAGUGAGGCUGAAGUCACUGGGGCAGUGACUGAGACUGAAGUCACUGGGACAGUGACUGAGACUGAAGUCACUGGGACAAUUUCUGAGACUGAAGUCACUGGGACAGUGAGUGAGGCUGAAGUCACUGGGAUGGUUUCUGAGACUGAAGUCCCUGGAACAGUGACUGAGACUGAAGUCACUGGGACAGUGACUGAGACUGAAGUCACUGGGACACUGGCUGAGACUGAAGGAUUUCAGGAAACUCAGCAGCAGAUUUGCUACAUAAACCCAUCAGCUAGACCUGUCGAUCUAGACACCCUCCAGCCUGUAAGAAUGAGUGAUCCUCAAAGUGGCUGCCCUAGGGACUCACUGGAGACCACUCCUGUUAAAGAUGAUUUGUCUUCUCACAAGUCCCCUGACUCCAUUGAACCUAGCCCUACUAGGGAGUUUCCAUGUCCAGAUUCUUUAGAUACUAGUCCCACAGGAUGGAGACCAGGUAAACAAAUCCAUGAACAACCACAUCAAAGUAGUAAUGACUCCCAACAACAUCUGGUUACUUCUGACCCUGCAGAAAGUAUAAACCAUGUACAAAACAAUGAAACCUCCACACAAAGGGAAGAUAAUGCAUCCCACUUUGAGGAUUCAGACUCUAAGUGCCUUUCAAUACCCAUAAAGCCACACUCAUCAUCACCAGUUGGACACGACGGAGAGGAAGAUCCAGAAGGUGGCAAGUUAGUGCAACAGAGAGUCACACCUGAGGAAGAGAUGUUCAAGAUGGCUGCAAAAAUUAAAAUAUUCGAUGAAACUGACAAAGCAACUAAAAUGAGAGAGGAGUCUGAUACCAGACAUUUUGCACAGACUGGGGUGGAGGAAUCAAUGAUGCUAGGUGAACUGUGCAUCCAGAGAGAGGCUGAUGCAUCUUACAACUCUGGGACUGCAGAUGGGCAGUGUCAUUCCGUAAAGCCAUAUCCAUCUCCAACAGUAAGCGAUGAGGAAGAUGAAAACCUGGAUAUCAGCAUGUCACUUCGAAAGCAGUUUACACCUGAGGAAAAGAUGUUUAAAAUGGCUGCAAAAAUCAGAAUAUUUGAUGAAAUUGAAAAAGAUGCCAAAAUGAGAAUGGAAAGGUUUGAUUCUACCACUUCCAGACAGGAUAGUAGAGAUGCGCUGCAUGACAAGAGAGAUGAUUUUCAGCCACAUGAUGAAACUUCACUAGACCAAACUGCAGACACAACCAAAGACAACCAGAAAAAGGAGUGUUUACUUGAGGCUAAUCUGGUGCUACUUUCAUAUCCAGAAUCAGAGCAAUACAAUGACUCAGAGUUGUCUAAACUACCUCAACAAGUGCCUGGACAAGACACUUCUCAUAGUCAGAUUCCAGAGUACAUGGAGAACCAGGAAUAUUAUGCUCCAGAGAUGGAUGAAGAGACAUAUGCUGAAAGGUCACCUAUGCAAAUUUACAUUGACAAAAAGGAGGAAUGCAAAGAGGAACUUUCUCUUGAGUGCCAUCUUAAAUCAGAAGAUGAACCUGUCUGUACAGUGGACUGUAAAAUGGAUGCUGAUAAGAGCUGUGUUAUUGAAGAGAUGAGUGCGUCAAACAAACAUAACAAUCUGGUAAAGCCACUGCCUCUUACUGACAUCAUGUACCCCAUAACCAGUCCUUUAGAACAGCAGGAAGAGCAUAAACCAGACACACAUGUUUACGAAGAAUAUCUCAUAGGUACAUCAGGUCAUGGAGACUUGGUUCCUUGGAGUGUUGAGAUAGAGGAUGAUGAGAGCUCUGUUUCACAGAUUGAGGCUGAAGAACCAAAAAUAUGUGCUCUGACAGCAGAUAGUCGGUCUCAUGGGACAACACCAGAAAUGACCCCUGGACGGACCCCCACAGAAGAUGGGAUGCCAAACGCUUUUCAUUUCCAGGAAGGAAAGCUCUUUGAAAUGACCAGGGGUGGUGCCAUUGACAUGAGCAAGAGAAGUAUAGAUGAAGAGCAAGAGGCCAUUGUCUUUUUCUCCAUAAGAGAGGAUCCUACAGAGGAGACUUCUGAAAGUGGUGCUACGACAAGCACUAAUGAAUCCUCUCUGGACUCAGCCACAUCACCUUCAAUGGAAGAAAAACGCAAGGAUGAAUCCAACCUGACUUCUAGUAGCCUCACAAAGUUCUGUGCUGAUAGUGUUUAUGGCCAUUCUGAUCAGCCCAAAUAUUCAGAUAAUUAUUUAAGUAACUCAGAGAACCUGAGAGAGAAGGAUCUAGACUCUGCAGAUUCUUCCAUAGCAAAUAUCAAUACUGCUACCUCUACAGUUACUCGAUCAGUUUACUCAGAGCAGGAGCUGGAGUCUUCUGACUCGUCUGUAGAGGAAGAACAGCACUCAGUGAUAGAAAAUCCUUCACCUACUCAAGGUACUGUUAUGGUCCUUGGUGUCCCAGAUGAGCCUGUUAGUGAGGAGGAACUGCCUGUGUCUUGCCCCCCUGCUGCUGCAGACAUAGAGAGCAGGAAACACAAAUCAAAGAUACCAGUGAAAGCUGCCAGCUUUGACCAAAUGUUAGGAAAAGGUGAUAGUCCAGAGCAGAACCAAAGGCCUAAAUCUGAGGCAGACAUCUGCCUCUCAGACUUGCACACCAGUGCAGACUGUUCAUCAGCUAAAUCAAAGCAUUCGGCAUCCAGACUCCCGGUGUCCAGACAUACCAGCAAACCAGAGGAGAAGCAACAUGCUCCUACCUCUCACGACUCAGACGCGGAGAGCAGGUCAUCACAAGGAGUUAGACCCUCCUCUGUCGGUGAGGAUGUGUUUGAGACGAGGCCCAACUGGGAGGAGUGUGUGGAGACACAGAUGCAGAGAAUCUCUGUCAGCAGUAGUCCAGAACAGAGUAAAGUGGACUGGCAGGACAGCCCUGACCGCAAAGAAGAGACUUUGACCAUUAUUGCAGAUCUUCUGGGUUUCAGUUGGACAGAGUUAGCCAGAGAGCUGGAGUUCAGUGAUGAAGAAGUACAGCAGGUGCGGUUAGAGAACCCCAACUCUCUACAGGAGCAGAGUGGAGCCCUUCUACAGCGCUGGGCAGAGCGCGAGGGGAAACAUGCAUCAGAGGAGUGUCUGAUAAAGAGACUCACUAAAAUAAACCGCAUGGACAUCGUCCAUCUGAUUGAGACACAGAUGAACAGGUCUGUUCAGGAGCAGACCUGCAGAACAUAUGCAGAGAUCGAGAGGACUCUAGAUCACAGUGAAGCACUGUCAUCAGUGCAGGAAGAUGUGGACAGCCCUCGGCUGGUGAGGAGGGUGGACCAAUCCCAGCGGUUCCCUCCUGCUGUGUCAGAAGAAGACCUGUCUGUGGCGUCCCUGCUGGAUGUUCCUUCUUGGGCGGAGAGUUUGGGGACUGCUGGACACACCCGCUCUGAGAGCAUUCAUGGAGACACACUGGAGGAACUGGACAGCACACAGGAUAGCUUUAUGAAUCCUUGGGCAUCUCAAGAGGUCAGGGUGGAGUCUAGAAGCAAAGAUAAACAGGUUUCUGAAGUCCCAGAUACUCCACAGCCUGGGACUGAGGACCAGUACAAAGAUGAGCAGGGAGGCCUGGUGAUUAGAAAGGGGGUCCAGAGGGCAAGCCGCCGGUGCCAGUCUGACGAUGGCAUGGAAACAGAAGAAGUCAGAGUGCAUGGAUUUUCUGGCCAGCCAACCACAGUUGAUGAAGGAGGUUCUCACUCUAAAGUAGAGAAGAGGACUGUAGUAAGGAGUGAAGGAAACCACACCCACACCGAGGUAACAUUCUAUGAGCCCGCCUCUGGGAAGGUCAGUCUGACAGUGCAGGGUCCAGAGGUCAGUCUGAAGGUGCAGGGUCAAGAGGUCAGUGAGAUAGUCAGUGAGCAGUAG